AUGUCAAUUGUAAAUAAAUUUGUUGAGAAAGCAUUAUCCCUUCCAACAUAUGCCAAAGCAGCCAUAGGUGCUGGUGUUGGCCUUGGUGUAACUUCAGCUGUUUUCAGUCUUUUCCAUACGGAUAAAGUUGUUGGUCUUCCACCAGCUGCCAAUUUAAAUGGCUUCGCUCCAACACUUACAAGAAAGGAAGCAGAAUUAAUUCUUAAUCUUCCACCAAAUUACACAAAUCAAGACAUCCAAAAGCAUCACAGAACUUUAAUGGCCUUACAUCACCCAGAUAAGGGUGGCUCACCAUAUAUUGCUACCAAAGUUAACGAAUCUCGCGAUUUCCUCACUGUUGGUAUCAGAGCUUAA